UCCGUUAGCAACGGACGACGUUCAAAUAUGUAUCUGACGUGUGUGUUAAUGCUGUGUGCUGUUGUGUGGGCUGAAGAUCAGCCUACGGUGACUACACCCUUAGGAGAUCUCAAAGGGUACUUUCUGGAGACGAGAGGAGGCAGACAGAUAGCCGCAUUCACUAGUAUACCGUACGCAAAACCCCCACUCAAUGAUUUGAGAUUCAAGGCACCCCAACCUAUAGAGCCUUGGGAAGGAACCCUGGACGCAACGAUGACAAGUCCCGUGUGCGUCCAGCGCAACCCGUACACCCGGCAGAAGGAGGUGGUGGGGCAGGAAGAUUGCUUGUACCUCAACAUUUACACACCGCUUACGGGAAAUGAAAUAGACUCUGGCCGUCUCCUUCCCGUGAUGGUGUUCAUCCAUGGCGGGGGCUGGAUGUGCGGAGACGCUACCACACAGAUGUACGGGCCCGACUACCUCCUCGACAGGGAUGUUCUCCUAGUAGCCAUGAACUAUAGACUCGGCCCCCUCGGAUUCCUAUCAACACAAGACGAGCAGUGUCCCGGCAACAACGGCCUCAAGGACCAACAGGAGGCGCUACGCUUCAUACAGAAGAUAAUCCACAGCUUCGGUGGUGACAAGGAUUCAGUGACAAUCUUUGGGGAGAGCGCUGGUGGCGCUAGUGUGCACUAUCACAUGCUGUCAAAGACAAGUGUAGGUCUAUUUCACAAAGGCAUCUCGGAGUCGGGUACCGCGCUGGUGCCUUGGGCAGAAGCGCCCCCUGGGGAGGCUCUGCGGAAUGCUUUCCGUCUCGCCAAAUUCCUGGACUGUCCACAAGCGCCCUCUGACGUCAUGCUCGACUGUCUCCGCACUAGAGACAGCUACGAUAUUAUCAAUACAGAAUUUAAAUUCUACGAGUGGGACUACGAACCAAUGACCCCAUUCAAGGCAGUGGCGGAGCCCGACUUGCCCGGUGCCUUCCUGACCGCCAGCCCACGGAAAACGCCGUCCGUUGCCGCUGUACCCUGGAUGACUGGCCUCACUAAAGAUGAAGGAUGCUUGAAGUCUGUCUGGAUAACGGCCAACUCGAGCAGGUACCAGGAGUUCAUAUCCGCCUUCGAGGCGAUAGCUCCAGUGACGUUUUAUUACGACAACUCUCCGUACGCUGACGUCAUCACCGAUCGCAUCAAAGACGUUUACUUCAACGGCGGCGGACAGGAGGAGAUCAAGUCCGGGAUACUUGAAAUCUACACGGAUUCCUACUUCGCGUACCCAGCAUUGGAAGCUAUCGAAUUAACGUUCAAUUAUACGAAGAAUCCAGUGUUCCUCUACGAGCUCACUUACAGAGCUACGAACAGUUUCUCGCAGAUAUUCGGUGACGAGGAAGGCGACUAUGGUAUAUGUCACGCUGACGAGCUGAUGCAUCUGUUCCCUAUUCACUUCCUCUCGAAGCCAUUCUCCGAAGAGGACAGGAGGAUCAGUGAACUGAUCAUAACUAUGUGGACCAAUUUUGCCACCACCGGUGACCCGAACAAACCAAACAAGCUGCCAUUUAAAUGGGAACCAGCAACCAGCAGCAAGAGAAUGGAAUAUCUAGAGAUCGGAAGCAAACAGAAGAUGAGAAAUAACCUGGCAUCGCGCUCCAGGGUCUGGGGAUCUCUGCCACUGUGGCACACCAUACGAACGAGGAAGUUCAUUGACGAACUAUAGACCUUUAAGUCGAAUAUACUCCCUCUGAAGGCAAGUUUACACUUCUUAAAGCAAGUUUACACUUCUUAAGGCAAGUUUACACUUGUUAAGGCAAGUUUACACCUCUUAAGGCAAGAUUACACUUGUUAAGGCAUGUUUACACAUCUUAAGGCAAAUACACCUUUAAAGGCAAGGUUACACUUUUUAAGGCAAAUUUAUAUCGUUUAAAGCAAGUGUAUAAUUUCACUCCAAUUUAGGUGCAUUAACAUAAGAAAAUGAUUAAUAAGUGAUUUACGAACAAUAUUGUUUUUUUUAAUGUGAACCUAAGUUAUGAUUUGAUGAAAUUAUUUACAUCUAGUUUAUAAGUUCUAUAUUAGUUCUGAUUAAAAAAUAAAGAUUAUUUAUAACCUAAAUUAUAUUUUACUUGUUUCGAAUAAAUACGCACUGUCUUUGCACCACUAGUUUACCACAAUGUUAAAUUAGCUCAAGUCAAUCAGUUCUAUAUAUACAACCAGCUGAUCAGGAUUGGCUUCAUCCACAUCACAUUAUUAUUGUUUACAUUCCGUUAAACUUUCAAUUAUAAGUGACAAAAUUCAAAUGCACAAAUGACAACGAAGACCCUUUACAUUGGCUGAGAAUUGUUUGAGUGACCAUGGCAAACUUACUUCUUUGCUUCUAUUGAAAAAAAUGAAAAUGACAAAGUUUACCCU